GCUCCCCAAGGCUUGGCUUUCUGACUCUGGAGCUGUUUCAGAUCUAACUUAGUGCUCUAUAUUGUUUAGCCUUCUCUCAGGGUUAAAUAGGAAUUACCUUUCUCGUUCUGGAGCUCUUGUACAAAGGGUUCAAUUUGCAGUGAUCAGGUUCUUAGCCCCUUAGGGGAGGGGAAGCUCUGAAUUUGAACUCUGAGUUCUGAGCACCAAGAAGCGCUGGCCUGUAGAAGCAAGCUACGUGCACGUGUGUGUGGCAGUGCUAGAAAUGGACUUCCCUUUGCCUUUUUGAUGCAUUUUUUCCUCUCUUUUAAUGCUGUUAUAUUAUUGCUAAAAAUAAAUAGGAUAUGGCCUACCUGAGGCCCAUUCACCCCAAUCACAGCACCUCUGCCACCAGAGACUGCUGGUCCCCAUGUGAGGUCAAGAGGAUAUGUUCUUACUUCUUCAACUCAGCUAGCCUUUGGUGACACAGAACUUUCUGGCCAUCUUAGGUUUGGAAAAAUCAAGAGGUUUUUCUAAAGGAAUUAAAAAAAAAAAACAGGUAAGCAGCAUUGCCUCAUGGAGUGGGAAGGUGCCAGAAGGAAAGGCGUGCCCACUGUGGGAGUGCCCUGCCUGCCAGACAGAUGAACAGGGAGGUGGGCAGCAAACAGCAAAGGAGCGGGUGAGAAGGAAGGAAGGAAGGAGGGCUCCACCCUUCCCCUGCGCAGCACAGCGACCACUUACUCAGCAGCAGCUGGAACACAGGCCAUGGGGGCCUGGGGCAGAACAGCCUCUGGAGUCGCAGCAUGACUGCUGAGGGCACAUGGGGCACUGAGGCUGCCAGUCUUCGGCUCCUAGGUCAGGAGUAGAUGUGGGAACCUGAGUGGCUUCAAAGAGGGCUGAGGCUGCUCCCGCCUGGAGGUGGGGGAAACUGGCCUGCACCAUACCUUGAUGCUUCUGGACAGUAGGCAAGGUGCUGCUCCAGUUCCCAGGAAGCUCAGGAACGGGGAUCCCCAGGGUCACGAUCACCGUUUCCUUCCAGGCAGCUGGAAGCCUGAAUGUGGCCCCUAGGAUAAUUGUUCUAAAACUCUGGGGUUAAGAUAGAGGAUUAAUUUAUAAAAUUAAGAUUUCUUAAUUUUAUAUAUUUUCUUAUAGGAAAGCAUAUAGUUGGAUCUCAUUUUGUAUCCAUUCUGACAAUCUGUGUCUUUGAUUUGGGGGGUUUAAUCUAUUAUAGUUAAGGUCAUUGCUGGUCGGGGAUGGGGAUAGCCUUAGUGGCAGAGCCCAUUCCCAGUGUGCCCAGGCCCUGGGUUCCAGCCCCAGUAGCAUCAGAUAAAUGAAUAAAGUGGUCGCUGGUGGGCGGGCCUUGCCCUGGGCGGUUGUUCUGAGUGUCCUGGAGUUUUUGUCCUGAUUUCCCCCUCCUGCUUCCCCUGACGUUGAAGUGAUUUUUAUAGUGACACAGUUGGUUCCCUUUCAGUUUCCUUGGUGUCUGUUCUGGAGGUGGUGUCUUUGUGGUCACCAUGGGAGUAGUGGGUCGUAUCCUAAAGUCACAACCAUCUAUUCUAAACCGAUACCAACUGAACUUCAGUACUGAGUCUUCUGUCCGCCCCGAGUCCCUGCCCCAUCUCGGGCCCUGCACCAGGCCUUCCACGCCACCUUUAACCCACCCAGUUCCUUGAAAUGAAGGUAGCAUGCUCAUUCCACAAACGAGGAAAUGAAAGCACAAGGAGAGAAGUUAAUUAAUCCACAAUCAGGAAGUGGCCAAGUCAGGAUGCCACAGGCCUGUUCCACCCCCGUGUCCCACCCUGCCCUGUCUGAUCUGGCAUUUCCUCUGCACUGGAAGCCAGGCGUGGCAGCACAUGCCCUGUUACAGCCUGUAGCUCCCUAAUCCCCUGCUCUCCAGAACAUGUAUUUGAUGACUUUUUACUUGACCUUUGACGUGGGCAUGUAGGCCAGCAUAGGGACUCAGAGCUGAGACUCCAAAGUGUCACCUAAAAUACAAGUUGUCUGGAAUUUAAUGUGGCCAGCUGGAGUGGAAGUUUCACCUUUAGGUUGUUAAAAUGUUUCCAGUAAUGAAGCAAAACUUGCAGCCUCUUCCUAGAGUAAUUACAGUAAAAAGCCCUGUUGGCUGGCCAGCCUAGGGGUUGUUUAGUGACUGCCUCUUUGUCCUUCCAUAACAGCCUUCUGCCAGAAACACUGAUUGGAGGGAUGUGCUACGUCCACCUGCUGAUAUUUUAUCGACAAAUUCUUGGAGAUGUGCUCCUCAGGGAUAGGAUGAGCCUGCAGAGUGCUGAUCUGAUUAGUCAUCCUAUGCUGGCCACCUUCCCCCAGCUCCUGGAGCAGCCCGACGUGAUGGACGCCCUCAGGAGUUCGUGGGCUGAGAGAGAAAGCAUGUUGAAAAGAUCGGAGAAGGCAUUUGGAUGCUGGGUCUGGAUCCUGGUAGCGGCCACCCACGUAGCCCACCCGCUGCUUCAUGGAUGGGUGAUGUACGUCUCCCUGACCUCCUUUCUCAUCACCCUGAUGUUCCUGCUGUCUUACUUGUUUGGAUUUUACAAAAAAUUUGAGUCCUGGAGAGUGCUGGACAGCCUGUACCACGGGACCACGGGCAUCCUGUACAUGAGCGCUGCUGUCCUGCAGGCGCAUGCCACCAUCGUUUCUGAGUCCAAGGACCUGAAAAACUACUUCAUCAACACUACCGCCUCGUUCUUCGCCUUCAUCACCACGCUGCUGUACAUCCUCCACGCCUUCAGCAUCUAUUACCACUAGGGCGCCGGCCCCAGCUCAGGAUUCAGCUUCGCCAUCUGGACGAGACACAAGUUCCCCGGAAGCCAAGGUGGAAUCGUCACGCCGUGUCCCCUGCGGGAUGAGGAGGCCCACUUUGGCAUGUGUCUGGAGGCCGUCCCUCCCUGAGGAACAUGAGAAAGCUGUUUCCUUUUUCCUGGGAAAGUAACUGUCUUUGGAAUGAUCUGACCUUGAACCCAGCCCUUCUGGACAAUGAACACGGAUGCCCUCACCUUUGAGAGGCCCCCUCUGGGGGGGCGGGGCCUGCAGCACCCCCAGAUACGCAACCUGGAAGGCCCUCGCAUUCCUGGACCAUGUUCCAAGGAAAGCUGGCCGUGUGCACACGGAAAGGUCAAACCAAGGUGCUUCAGAGCAAAUGCUUUUCUAAAGGGAGCUGUGCUCCGGUGGUGUUUCUCCCCCGGAGGGGCUGCCCUCCUCCCGGAUCCAGGCAGGAUGUCCGCACAGCCCAGUAACUGCCCACUGUCACUUUGAAACGAAUAAAUUACUCUGUGAACGGGUCUUGUCCUGACGGGUCUGGGGCUUGAAAUCGUGCCUCAGUCCUUCCACUCCUGGGUGGGCGUGGUCUUCGGGAGCCACAGAGGAGAAAACCCCAUCUCUGUCUCCUGGUCACUUUGUCAUUGCCCUGGUAUCUGGAAAAGCCACCACAGAUCUCUCACUUUGUUGGCAGGCAGCUGUCUGGGAUGGUCACUGCUCACUAUGUGCGGAGUGGCCAUGUGCAAAUAAAAACCUUUUGUUCAGUUAA